AUGACGUCCAGCUUCUCUCCGGAGCAGGUGGCGUGCGUGUGCGAGGUACUCCUGCAGGGCGGCAGUGUGGAGCGGCUGGCCUCCUUCCUGAGCUCCUUGCCCUCCUGGCCGGGGCUGCAGGGCCAGGAGAGCGUGCUGAAGGCCCGGGCGGCGGUGGCCUUCCACCAGGGCCGCUUCCCCGAGCUCUACGCUCUCCUGCGCGGGUUCCCCUUCUCCCCGCGCAGCCACCCUCUCCUGCAGCAGCUCUGGCUCCGCGCGCACUACCUGGAGGCCGAGCAGCAGCGCGGGCGCCCCCUGGGGGCCGUGGGGAAGUACCGCGUCCGUCGCAAGUUCCCCCUGCCCCGCACCAUCUGGGAUGGAGAGGAGACCAGCUACUGCUUUAAGGAGAAGUCGCGCAGCGUGCUGAGGGAGUGGUACUGCCACAAGCCGUACCCGUCGCCGCGGGAGAAGAGGGACCUGGCUGCUGCCACGGGCCUCACCGCCACGCAGGUCAGCAACUGGUUCAAGAACCGGCGCCAGAGGGACCGGGCCGCCCAGGGUCCGGACAGGGAGGGGGAAGAGUCCAGCGUACCCCGGUUUUUGUGCUCAGAUGGGACUCUGCACAGCACAGCGUUCCCCAGCUCGGAUGAUGACCUUUCACCUCCAGGGAGCCCCAGCACCCCUUACCCCUGCCCAUACCCCCAUCCUCACCCUAACAAUUCCCAUUGUGCCCCCACCAUCCUGCAGGGCGGGUACCAGUUCUGAGGCCCUGUGGACACCCACUGAGACCAGCUAAACUAGAACCUGAUUGGUUAUAAGGGCUUUGUUGGGUUUUGAUUGGAUUAGGUCCUCGGUGAGACAGUUUUUUUUUGGCAAUAUUUUUUAUACUGUAACUAUCACCGUCAGCAUAAAUACAUGUAUGCGCUUUUAGAAGCGUAAGAGAACAGGAUGCACUGGCCACUAGUCCCUGAGGGCAGCUGAAGCUCCUGUUUUACGGUCACUGAUUUCAUGUGCUGGCUGCAGGUGGGAAGCUCUCUACCUGGAGAUUUAACCAUUGCAUUUCUGUUAAGCACUGUGCGGCACAGACGCGUCUUUCUUUAUUCUGUGCCAUAGAAUGUUUUUCUGAAAUGUUUCCAUUUCUGUCUGGUCCCCAAUUAAAAACUUCA